AUGAUGUUGAGUACUGGGCUAGCCACCUUGGCUACGCUGCUUGUGCUUCUCUCUCCAGCUCUCGCAGACCGAAGCCACAAGCACCGUCAUUCCAAGCGCCUGUCGCUCGACCAGCCCAUCCAGCCCAUCCACCCUGCACAGCCAGUGCCAGUACAGGCAGUCAAGUCGCUGCCGGUCAAUGCUGCCGCCAAGACGACUGCGCUGCUGACGUGUCUUGGUUCGGGACCCGUUGCACGCGCUGAUCGCACCAAGAUCACUCCGCUCGUUCAGGCCGCUCCGCACCACAGCGACGGAGUGUGGCUGACACUCACCCCAGCCACGUGGGGCUUUAAGCUCGACGCCAACGUCGCCGACUCUUGGAACCCCACCACGGCUUCCGAUGCCGCACUGGAUAGCAUCGCUUCCGACCGCGCCAAGCUCAUGCACUGCGUCAGGCAGGAGAAUCUGGGUGCUCCCGCUGCCGCCCCUGCUUCGGCUCCUGCGGCUAGCCCCCAACGCGCGGGUACGGGCCCAAGCCUGGGUGGAGCAGGCGCUCGCAAGCCCGUGUCGGGCACCUUUGACGGUACGGCAAUCAAGGCCGGAGGUGUGAGCGCAGUCAAGCUCGGGGCCGUGGGCGCCGCCGCCGCGGUCGCUGCCCCUGCGGCCGACUUUGCCACCGACGUCGCUUUUGAUGCGCAGAUGGACACUCCCCCUGCAGGUGCCCCUGCCGCGCCUGUUGAUCCGGCGGCACCUGCCAACCUUGCCAGCCCCGCCAACCCUAUUGCUCCUGCUACCCCGGGUGCUCCCGCCGCCGAUGGCUCUUCCCCCGCUGCACCCGCUGCACCCGCCGCCGCCGCCGCGGCGGAUGGCUCCUCUCCCGCCCCUGCCGCCGGCGCCGCGCCUGUCAGCGAAAUGUCUGCAGGUGAGGCCGCCGUCGCGGUUGCCCUGGAGCAGGCCAAAGGCUCGGCCGGCAUGCCUCUGCUGGGCCAGAACGCUACCGAGACCGCUUCGACCAGCACGUGCACCAAGAUCUGGACUCGCAAGGAGUAUUCGACCAUGACGGUGGAGGAAAAGACGCAGUUUGCCAACGCCUUCAAAUGCGUCCGCUCCAAGCCGUCGCGCUUCAAGUCGGACCCGGGAUGGAACGCUGCCGACGACUGGACGCUUCUACACAUCCGUAUGGUCAAGUACGUCCACUUUAGUGCAUUUUUUCUCGUCUUCCAUCGAGGGUUCUCGGCGAUUGUUGAGCGGGACUUGCAGGAGUGCGGGUUCCAGCUUGGACUGCCAUGGGUGGACUGGACCUUGACGGCGGAAGAUCCUAGUACGAAUGCGAUUUUCGACGGCAACCCGGCGUACGGCCUGGGCACCAACGGCAAGGGCAACAGCACCAACUGUCCGUGGAAGACCGGUACGGAAGUGACGGACGGGGCGCUUGCAGAUCAUUGGUUCAACGCGCCGUUCAAGCACAAGCUGUGUCGUCAGUUCAACAAUAUGGAUGUCAAGCUUCCCAAUGCGCACUUUGGCUCCAACUGUACGACGUUUAUCAGCGAAAGCUUCCUCAAGGGUCUUGCGAUUACGCACAACGACGGAAGCUUCUUUGACUUUUCCUCUGCCGUCGAAAUCUCGCUUCAUCUGGCAAUGCACACGAGCGCAGGAGGUAAUCUGGCCUGGCUGUCUACGUCGGUCAACGAUCCCGUGUUCCACUCGCACCACGGUCAUGUGGACAACCUGUACAGUUCAUGGCAGGACAUGAAUCCGAAGAACAAGAGGGCUUUCCAUGGGCCCAAGAAGCAGCAGAAGGACGGCGCCCAUCCGCCGUGGAAUGCCAAGCGGACGGAUAUGAUCAACUUUGCCCCGCUGGCGGAUAGCGUUGCGGUCGAGGAUCUGCUCGACCAUACGAGUGGCAAGUGGGGCGGUAGAAUGUGCUACAAGUACGACCGAUCCAUCGACCUCGGAUCGAGCUCGUAA